AUGAAAUCUAUUUACCAAUUCACCAAAUUUAGAUCAGCCACAUACAAUCAGUCCUUGUAAUACCUUGAAUAAACUUAAUUUGAUCCAAAUAAUACAACAGCUAUUCUCAUGCUCAAUUUAGGAGGGUGAUCUCUAAAAAAAUAUAGCAUAGGCCCAAUUCAUAUUAAGAAAUCAGUCCAUUCUUAAUCAGAUUCUUUUAAGACACUACUGUCAUUAGAAUACCUUUCGGUUUAGGUCCAUAUAUAGCCAGAUUAAGAGGUCCAGCAAAAAUCAAUAAGUAAUAUGAGAAAAUAGGAGGAUUCUCUCCUCUUUUCAAAUGGACUAUGGUAUAAGGAUUUUUAAUGAGCAAACCAAAAGGAAGUGGAUUUCUUCCAGCUUUUCGAUAUGGAUUACCUCUCUAAGAAGAUGCUAUUGAGUAUGCUUUUGAGAAAACUGAAGGAAGAAUAUAAAAAUUCUUACUUUUUUCUCAAUAUCCUCAAUAUUCUUGUUCAACAGGUGGAAAUGCUAUUAGAAAUGCUAUUGAAUUACUACAAUAAUAUAAAACUAUACAACCAAAAUUAGAAGUUUCAGUUAUAGAUUAAUGGCAUAAAAAUAAAUUUUAUAUUUCUGCGAUGGCUACUCUUUUGAAUAAUAAAAUUAAAAGUCAAAAUUUAGAUCCAAAAGAUACUAUUAUAUUAUUUACAGCACAUUCUUUACCAGCUGAUUUUGUUUGGGAUGGUGAGAAAUAUCCAUAUUAUAUAUAUGAGUCUUGUUAAUUAGUCAUAGAUAAUUUAAAAAAUAUGGGUAUAUCAGUUCAUUUUGAUUUAUCAUAUUAAUCUAAAGUAGGAUUAAAUAAAUGGUUAAGACCAGCUACACAUCAUGCACUUAGUCAAUACAUCAAAAACAGCAAAUUCAAAAAUAUACUUAUUUCUCCUAUGGGAUUUACAAGUGAUCAUCUUGAAACACUCUAUGAAUUAGAUAUAUAACUUAUGGAUGAUUUAAAGAAGGAUAUUGAAUCUAAUAAGAAAAAUGUUAUUAGAUGUGAUUCAUUAAAUGAUCAUCCAUAAUUCAUUGCAGCCUUAAGUGAUUUAGUUACUUAAGGAUUGGCCAAUAAAAAAUGUAGCAGUAAAAGAGAAAGAUGCAUAGAUUGUAAAUUUGAGUAAUGUGACAUAGUUAAUAAACAUGAUUUAUGA